AUCAAGUUGGACUUUAUAAAAUUAAUGAACCUGAUGUUUUGCACGUUUUAACAACCAACACAUUCCCUCUCCUCCCCUUACUGUUUCAGCCAAAAAAAGCAAGAGAACAACCACCACCGGCCACCCACUGCCACCUUCAAACCUCCACUGCACCACCCUUUCUCCACCAAUAAAUCAUCACCACCACCACUACUUUGAUGAUAUAACACUGAAAAACGAACCCCACCACCUCCUCCCACCCCCCCACACGUCGGAAUUACUAACAGAAUGAAGAAAUGAAGGCAGCAGCACCAAACUGCCACUACUAGAUACCUAACCUACAGCGACGGAAUCAGGGACAGAUUUUAUCUGUAGCUAAUUAGCGACGGUUUACUGAGGAAUCACUGAUGGAAUGCAUAAAUAUUUCAAUCCAAAUAAUUAUAGAAGUUUAGAGAUGUAUUACCAAGGGAUCAACGACAGAUUGGUUUGAUUUUAUCGACAAAAAACAGUCCCUCGCUGAACCGUCGAAAAGUAAAACCUCUCAAUGAGGGAAUAACGACGGAUUGCAAAAAAUUAGUGGCUUUUUUUCCUGGCCCUCGCUAAACCCUUGCAGAAAAUCUACGCCUUCCUUUUUUCAUUCCUGGCUUUUCUUCCUUUACUCGUUCCCUCGUUUUAUUUUCAUUCCCACCGAUUUAUUCCCAAAUCUCUACCAAAUCCCUAUAUGACCGUCAAAUCUCUACUCUGUCCAGGAAAUCGCCUCCACCACAGUCAACCUGUAUCAUCCCUCUUUGAAGCCUCUCAAAGGAAAACCUGAUCUGAAAUCACAUCCUCGUUGGCUUUCUUCUGGGUUUGACUCCCUUCCUCGUUGACUCACAGCUUACUUCCAUGCCAAUGCCUUUCGAUUUGUUGAUUCACAACUACUCCAGACCGUACAACUGCUUAGCGGCAACAACGACGUCGAUCACCCGAUAAGAUAGCGGUGGUGGUUCUGUUGGCGGUAGCUGGAUCACAGUGGUGGUCAUCCCAUUCAAGCUCUUGUUUAUAGAAAUUUGAUUAACCUUGAGGUAAUUUUGAACUUUGUGGAUGAUAUGCAUAAGUUUAGGUCAUUGUAUUGUGUUGUGUUAGAUUGAUAGGAUUAGCUUUGAAUUGAUAAUCUUGACAAUUGAUGAAGUUAAUAGCAUGUACCUAAUUGAAAACAAGUAGCAAUGUGUUGAAAAUUAUUCAAUGAAUCUCGUGAAUUACUCAAGGAAUCUAAUCUCCUGGAAAGUGGAUGAAGACUGUUCUUUUUGGGAAGAGUCAUCAAAAUCUAAUAUCUCAAAAGUAAGUAAAAGUGUUAAUUUACAGUUUACAGUUACACCUGUUACUAGUAAAACACAUAUACAUGAUGGUAUCUUAUUAUUCUUGAAGGAUGCUAGUUUAGACAAAAAGACCUCCAUUACCCUCAACACACAAUCAAAUGAUCUUGCUGUUGAUUCUACUGUUAUGUCAACACCAGUGUGCCACAUCAGCAACAUAAAUGGAGAACAAUCACACUUAGAGAAGAGCUCCAGUGCCAACUUACUAAAUGUUGCAAAUGAUGAUGAUUUAAUCAGGCUAGAACAGGCUGCUACUAAGGCACAAGCAGCUUUCAGGGGAUACUUGGUAAGGUUAAUGCAUAUUACAAGAACAUUGCAGGAAAUAGCAAUUUACUUCACUCCACUUACUAAUAUAGGAGCUUUCAAGCCUUCUUGUAAUAUUUCAGUUACAUUUAAUGAUGUGAAAACUCACAAACAAGUUCCUUUGAAGAAGGAAAAUGGUCAGAUAUCAAUGGUGCCUCUUUUCCAAAGUCAAGAAUGCAUUGCUGGAGUGAUAUCUGUAGACCCAAUGCAAGGGAAGAAGGUCGAACAUAAUGGCAUUAAAAUAGAACUCCUUUGUCAAAUUGAGGCAACUUCUAUGACUUUACCUCUGUUGAUCAAUGUGUCAAUAUAUAAGUACGACAUCCCUUGAGUAGUUCUCCAAGGCAGGAAACAUGAUAAUAACCUCCGUUAAUGAUUUUAGAAAGACAAAUAGAAUUAGUUUUUAUUCCCUUGGUUGAUGCAAGUGUCGUUAGAGCUGAGGGUUUUCAGUUGGCCAAAUGUCUCUCUGUUUUUUGAUCUCAUCGCCAUUGGAUUUGGAGAAACAAUUGGAGCUGGAGUUUACAUUCUUGUUGGAACAGUUGCUAAAGAGAAAACAGGGCCUGCAAUCACAAUAUCAUUCCUGAUAGCCGGAAUAGCAGCUGGACUUUCAGCAUUAUGUUAUGCAUAACUCGCAUGUCGUUGCCCAUCUGCAGGGAGUGCAUAUCACUAUUCUUACUUAUAUGUUGGAGAAGGGUAAUCUCGUAAUUUCUCUUAAGAAUUCUCUUAUUCAUAUAUUCAUAUUUUCUUUCUGCAAAUCAAUAUUCUAUCCCCUUCAACUUCCAAUGUUGCUUGGUUGAUUGGUUGGUCCCUGAUUCUUGAAUACACACUUGGUGGAGCAGCUGUAGCCCGUGGCAUAUCCACAAAUAUGGUGCACUUCACCUUCUUUUUCUUUCUGCUUUCUUAACUCGACCCACCAUUCUUGGAAUUAUAGUUGAUCCUUGUGCUGCUGUUUUAGUCUUCAUUAUAACUGUACUACUUUGCACUGGAAUCAAAGAGGUAUUUUAGUCCUUUCAGUUAAUGACUUAUUCUUAAAUUUUAUUAUACUAAUAAAAUGAAUACUUUUAGAGUUCAUUGGGUCAAGGCAUAAUCACAACAAUAAACGUUGUAGCCUUGCUUUUCAUCAUAGUAGUUGGUGGACACAUAGGUUUCAAGACUCGAUGGGUGGAUAUAAAGUUCCAGGCGGGUAUUUCCCGUUUUUUCUCAUAUGAUGGUUUUGAUGCAGUAACCAGCACAGCCGAAGAGGUGAAGAAUCCUUAGAGAGAUGUAUCUGCUGUUGUGAUUGGUUUGGUGCCAUGUUCCCAAUUAGACCCAGAUACCCCUAUCGCCUCUGCUUUUGCUAGUUAUGGAAUGAAUAGAGCAAUGUAAGCAUACAACAUUUCUUUCUGAAGGGCGUAAUUGUAAUUUCAUGUUUAUUUACAUCUAAAACGAUCAUCAUGAUUUCAUUUAUGUUAUAACAAUCGGAUCUGUUACUACUCUC